CCUCACAUGACUUUUCGAAGAUCGCGCUCUGGUCUGGAGGUCACAGCUGCCGCGCCUGAGGGGGUGAAAAAGUCGGAAGAUUCAUCCCACUCUCCCGCUCAGUGUGGCGUUGUUCGCUCGAGGCUUCGCUUCCGCCAUGUUCGCUUCAGAAUCCGCAUCGCUCGCUCAUUGCAUUAAUUCCUGAGGUAUCAGGAAGUAAGCUCUCAGAUACUGUUCCAACACCAUGCCUGCCUGCGUGUCACCAUACUCCUCACCUUGAUGGUCGUGGACUAAGCCUCUGAAACUGUUUCUGCCAAGAAGUCGGGUGUUAUUCUGAUUGGUUGUCAUUUUUUUGUCUUAAACAAUAAGAGAUCCUGUCCAGCUUCCAAGAAGAGAUCCUGUCCAGCUUCCAAGAAAAGAUCCUGUCCAGCUUCCCAAAUAUUUUUUGACGAAAGGCACCUUGGCAAGUUUCUUUGUCAAGAGAAAAUAAAGUGCUAAGUUACAACUGUGUUUUCCAAUAAUUGUCCACACAUCCUCCCUCCUCCUCUUCAAAGAUUUAUAUUCCUCAGAAGGACUUGGUGGCGUUUCCACAGUUGCGGUGUAACAAUUUGGACUUCUUCAUCAACCAGGGAUAACAUGGUCCACUACUGGAGUACGCCAACUGAGAAUUGACUUUGGAUUUUUUCACCUUUAUUGACUUUUAGAUUGGUGCUGAGCCCUGACCAGUCAAAGGUUCAUUAAGAUGGACAACAGGGAACUGCCCACACUGUUGAAUCUUUCUAUACAGCAUCUACUGAAUAAUGAGCCUGCAGCAAUUCAUGCUCUCGAGGUGAUACCAAGGGAGCUUUUUGUUCCAUUGUUCUCUGCUGCCUUCAAGGGUGGGCAUAAGAAUAUAGUGAAAGCAAUGGUGAAGGUUUGGCCUUUUAUGUGUCUCCACAUUGGAUCAUUAAGGACACGGGAGUCCCAGCGGGAACUCCUGAAAACCAUGGUCGAGAGUCUUCAGUUCCUACCUGUCCAGAACUCAGCUUCUAGGAGCCCUAAACUGAGGAUCCUAGAUUUAAGGCAGGAUGUUGGCUGCAAGAUCAUCUGUUCGGAGAGCAGUACUAAGUCACCUGCCUGUUUUCACUCCUGUGCUUACUCUGAGCAUUCUAUCUUGAAAAUCGAAGGCCAGUGUAGUAUGGCAAGUUCAGAACCUGAGGCUCAGUCCUCCAGGCAGGCUAUGGAAUUAUUAGUGAACCUUUCCCUUGAUAGAACCUUAAGGGAAACUGAAUUUUUGGUUCUGCUUCUGAAUAAAGUAGAGCAGAGCUCAGGCUCUUUGCACCUGUGCUGCCGAGAUUUGCAAAUAGACAAAUUGUGUGAUUGUAGAAACACCCUAUGUCAUCUGGAUCUGAAAUGUAUUGAUCACCUGGCUGUUGAUCAGGCUUCUCUGAGUGAGGUCACCACCCUUCUGGCUCAGGUGGUGCACCUGGAAAGACUUUGUCUGUGUAAAAUCACUUGUAGAUCUUUGAAUGGGGAAACCUUUCGAAAUUUUAUCGCUGAGCUUGGGCGUAUGGACCAUCUCAAUGAGCUGAACUUGUCCUCUUUCCGCCUCACAGAUCAUCUUGAAAAUGUCCUGAGAGUCCUACCAGCUAGUUUGGAAUUCUUACAUCUACCAUUCUGUGGACUUUCUUACAACGACUUCAAGUUUCUGUCUGAGUGCCCUCAAGCCAACCACUUAAAGCUCCUGAAUAUCAGCAACAACCCAAUGAACUGGGAAGAUAGUGAGCCCCUUUAUAACCUCCUGCAGAAUAACUCUAGCACCUUGCAGCAGCUGGCAAUCAGUCAUUGCCUUCUAACAGACUCUACAAUCUCUGUUCUCAUCUCUGCACUAAGUCGCUGUUCUCAACUCCGAAUCCUCAACUUUUCCUCCAAUCCAAUUACCAUGACUAUGCUAAUGAGAAUUCUUGAGCGCUUAACAUCCUUGGUGCAGCUUAAAUAUGUGUUUUGUCCUAUCCCUGUGCAUUGCUAUGGGAGAUGGCACUUUCAGGACAGUUUAGAUCGACAGAAGCUUGCUGAUGUGCAGGCACAAUUGAAAAGAAUGCUACAAGAGGCAAAAAGGAAUGACAUGCAUUGGAUGACUUUCUCUGAUUAAAUUUACAGUCCAACACAGUUUAACCUUGAUAUGUUCUCUUUAAGUAUUAAAUGUUUUUUCUUGAUCCCAUAGACUGAAUAUAUAAGGUUAUUAUGUUGUAGCAAAAUACAGUUAAAAAUAUAGGUAUGUAACUGAUUUCUAUAGAGAAUAACUUAGAAGAAGAUGGAGGACUCAGAGUGUCUGUGAGUCUCUUGACUAUUGUUCUUGAUAGUACUUCAUCCUUCCUACUAAAGUUUUAGGUAGAAGAGUUGGAAAGACUAUAUCAUGAAUUACCACAGCCUUGUCCUCACUGAGAUUUACUUCUGGGCACUUGACUGCAGACAUGACACUCUAGCCUUUCCUAGAUAUGUUUUUGGAGGGCAGGUAGUUAUUGAAACUGAUGCUUUUAUCCCCUGAGUUGUAUUAAGCUUCUAUAUUAAGAUGUUUUCAGUUGCUUAUGGGAAACCAUCUGGAUUUAACAGUGAGAUAAAGAAUCUGUGCCCAUUACCCAUUGAGUGGCUCAGUUUUUCUUUAUUUCAUACUCAUUUACCAAGGAUCGGCUUGCGAUAUUAUUGUAGGCAGCAAGAAUGAACAGACAAGACAAGGUCCCUGUCUCAAGCCACUCAGAGGCUGAAUGUUUCUGUGGUUUAUCUAUUCCUCCACCGUUCAUUAGUGCAUAGAAGAAAGUUGUUUUCCACUCUUGGACCCCGAUUUAUCUUCCUUGUUCUUGUUACAUGGUCUGUUCAAUGCAAAGUGAACUCUAUGAUGUUGACUCUUCUCAACAGAAUUCAUGGAUUCAAUGUUACCAUCUUGGAGACUUUCUCAAACAUCUGCUUGAUGUCUGCCUUCUGUCAUUGUGCACAAUGCCUGACAUAAUAGACAAGGAAGAGAACUUUGUUUCUCUGCUUUAGACGGUUCACCGUGAUUGUUUGUUGCACUGGUUUGGAACUUCAGCAGGGCAGAACAUGGUAAAGAGCUUGUGGCAGAGGGAGAUCCUUCCAAUUCAUGAGGCCAGGAAGCAGAGAGAGCAGGAGCCUGAGUCUCUGUACAGCCUUCAGGAGUAGGACUACAUUGAUAUGCCUCCUUGAGCUAGCCUGCUCUAAAGUUUCUACCACCUGCCCUGGAAACUGUUCUUGAACUUAAAACCUGUUCAAAAUUUUCACCCACCUGCCAUGGAGCCAUCAACUUGAGACCACCUUCUAUCAUAUUAGCUUGGGAGACAUUUAGGAUACAUGGCAUCCUUCAUGGUAUACAUGAUUCUGUUUGAAUAUUCGGCUGUUUCUUUUCUGUUAAAGUUGACACAAUUUGCUAUAAUAUUGUGUAGCAAAUAUGUAUAUGGAGUCCUUUAUAUUUGAUACUCCAAAAUGUCAUUACCAUAUAUAGAAAAGCAUGUUUGUUCAAGAUAUAAUACAAAAAAAGCAUGUCAAACCAAUUAAUUUGCAGUGUAUUUAUGUUAUGAAUGUAUUGAAAUGGGAGUAUACUGCAUUGCAAGGACAUAGCAAUGGUGUAUAAAAUUUAGUUUGUUCCUAUCACAUGCUGAAAUGUCAACACCACUGCAUUUUAAUUACUUAAUAAGGAAAUGAAACAAAAAUAUGCAGUUUUUUUUAAAAAAAAAACCUAACUGCAUUUCUAGCAAGAAAAAGCAAAAACAAUAAUAUGUCUAUAUUGUUUCAAUUUUUAAAUGAUAACAUACCGGAUUUCAGAUCAGCCAAGCAAAAAUAUAGUUAAAAGUUACAGAAUUUUGUUCAUAGUUCUCAUGUAUUGAGAUGAUAUUGGACUAUAUCUUGGAGAUAUAAAACAUGAAAAUUUAUCUACAAAA